UGCCGUUCGUGCCGCAAGCAAUCGUCGCCGUCGUCCUCGUCCGUCCGGUACCGGUUUAAAAACGUGUUCGAAACAAAGUCCUCGGCUGCCAGUCUCACCUUCUCGCGCACACUUCGUGCCUGUUCGUAAAAGAAACACGAAUUCUGGUGUACGCCGCGUGUUCGCGUUAAACUUGAAUCGCCGCCAGACUAAAUUGUUUCUUUUUCGGUGACACUUGUGAGCUGCGUGGUCAACAUUAUAAAAGCAGACAAAGUGUAAACCGUAUCCUCGAUCAUAAUAUACCCAAAAUAUUUCCUUCGUUCACCUUCCGCUAGCAUCGUUUACUCCGUUCGCGUCCAUCGUUUCACUCGACUCUGUUUCCAUCUUUAUCUAUCGUUUCUUACCCCGUCUCUGUCGUUUCCCAUACCCUCUCCCUCCGUCAUCCUUCCGUCAUCGUCUGGUCGGUCGCGUGAGGCAGACGGGGUACGAAGCGCACGGAUUUAUAUUCGUGUAGCGCAAGAGAGUUUAGCAGCUUCGUAAAUAUGGCGUGUGAACGGUGGUGCUUUAACCGUGGCUGUGACGGAGCUCCUCGACGAUGGCUGUACAUCCUGUUGCUGGCCUUCUGUGUACUCGGGCAUCUCGGCUCGAGCCUUGCGGACAACGAGCUCAGUCGAUACCGUUAUGAGCUGAACCACUCAGGGGGAAAGUCGCCGGCCGAGCACGGGCAGCUAGAAUUCUCUUUCGCAUCCGACGAAGAUGCAGUCGACGAUGAACAAGUAUUCGCGAGAUAUCGUCGAGCUGCUAUCAACCAGAAACCGAGCUCCUCGACCGAGCAAACGUCGCAAGAGCAAGAGCAGCAGCAGCAGCAACAGCAACAGCAACAACAACAACAACAACAACAACAGCAGCAGCAGCAGCAGCAGCCGCCGCAACAGCAACAAGCUGCGUCUCAGCAGUUGCAACCACAAUCACCGACUCAACCGCAGCAGCAACUGUCACCGCAUACGAAUGUAAAUGCCUCAUCUUCGGCAAACAUCACGUAUUUGACAGAUUAUACGACCGAAGCCACGACCAUGCCUUCGAUGGGCAAUCAGGAGAGUUCCACGAGUGCAAUUUCGAUGCGCGUACCUAUCCCGCGAAAGAACCCUCCGAAACCGUCUAUAAGCAUACCUAUCGUUCAGAAGAACCCUUCGAUAAAGGAUUCGGUGCCAACAGCAACCGUGACUAAUCCGACGAGCAACACGACGAACGAACCAACCGAGAACCAGAAAACCACGAUGAAAGCAACAGAUACCGAAUCGACGGAUUCGGAAAAAGAAGAGACCGAUGGAAAUAUCGGGGACAUAUCUAUCAGUAAAUUCUCAGAUCUGACGAACAAGACUCUGUCCCAGCACAAUAUCACAAAGACAGAGUUGGACACGCAUCAGUAUUACAACAGCACGUUCAUUAUCGACGAGGAAGUGGGGAAAAAGUACUGGGUGGACAUAGAUAAUCAUCCGGAUCUAAAAGUGAAUCAUUUGCUCAGUCAAAGUCACCGUCGUGCUGCGACGGUCAAAUUGAAAUUCGAUUUCCCUUUCUACGGUCACAAAGUUCGUAACAUCACGAUUGCCACUGGAGGAUUUCUGUACACCGGGGAAUACGUUCAUAGCUGGCUCGCUGCCACCCAGUACAUAGCACCGUUGAUGGCGAACUUCGAUACGCGUCUGUCGAGCGAUAGCUACGUAAAAUACGCCGACAGUGGAACGGCGUUUACGGUGGUGUGGGAGAAGGUGGUUUUACAGGACAAACCAAAGGCUGGCGCGUUCACAUUUCAGGUGACUCUGCAUUGGAACGGCGACAUCGUGUUCGUGUAUUCGGUGAUUCCCCUGAUGGUCGAAUUGAUCGAAGACAAGGCGCAUCCUGUUAAAGUUGGUCUCAGCGAUGCUUAUAUCAUGGACAGAAUUGUAUUCUUUGUUCGCAGAAAAACAAUUUACGAGUAUCAUCGUGUAAACUUUAAUCGACAGGACAUUAAGAAUUGGACAGUGAUUUAUCUGAAUGCACUGCCCACCUGCUUAGAAAUGGAUAAUUGCAGAGAUUGCUUGACGAAGCUGAAAGGUUUCGAUUGCAAGUGGUGUUCAGAACUGAAUCAAUGUAGCACCGGAACAUUCAGGUCGCGGCAAGAUUGGUUGUUGAAAGGUUGCGACGUCCAGAUGAUAAAAGAUGUCGACAAUUGCCCGACGCCGACUACCACGUGCAAAGAACACGAAGAAGAAUAUAAUCAUGUUCUUCAGAUGCAUUCAGAAGAGACUGUUACUGUAAAACUCGAGACGGGUUCUUUGGAGCGUUCUCGGGAUAAUAUGAACAUGGGGGUUUCAGGAAUUAUUGGAAUUCUCCUUGUAAUUGCUUUAGCCGUAGGUUUAGCAGCGUGGGCUGCAUAUGCCUACCGCAAUCCUCAUAGUGCAUCUGGACAAAUGUUAAUCAGGUAUCGGCCAAGUCAAUGGAGUUGGCGGAGAAGAGGGGAAGCACGUUAUACAGCAGCCACGAUUCACAUGUGAUGGCAUGUAAUUGAAAAGCAAUCAGCAGUUAGUAAAGAACUGUCGGACCAAAUUUCCUACUAAAUAUACACUGUGUCAAGUCUGCAAGUUUAUGUACGGAACCGUUUGCCUGCAAUGACGAGUGUGUCGCUCUGUUAAUUGCCACAUAUUAAUGCAUCAUACUUAUUUUGUUAACUUAAUUCUUCAUGUUAACUUACUCGUCGAUACACUUAGCCUCCUAUCGAAGGGAACAAAAGCAAGUAUUUCAUGUACACAUCAUCUUACGAUAAUAUAAUAACGUUAAUUUUCGGAGAAAUGGCAAUUAAACUGCUAGUGAUAAAAGUAUAACAAAACUUCUUAAAGUGAACUUUAUUGUAUGAGCGGGCGUAAUAACGAAAGUUUAUUC